AUGGUCGACAUCGACCCCGCCGCCCUGAGCCGGCCUUCCAUCAGCGUCUCUACCCCCAUUCUCGCCAACAAAUCCAUCAAUGUCUCGGCCCCAUCGCUGCACAAGACUCCCAAAACGAGCCAGCUUAUACCCGCCCGCAUAGACCUCGAGCCGAUAUACACGCAGUUAAAGUCCACCAUUGGCCCCGAACAAUGGGUUAUUUACAAAGAAACAAUCACAAACUUCCUGAUCGGCCGCCUCAAUCAAGCCGAGUUCAGCGAGCGCAUAGACCCAAUAUUAGCUUCCCCUGACGGACAAAGAGAACAUCUACAUAACCAGCUCAUUGCUGCCAUCUAUGGAAAUGUCACGAGGGAGAUGCCCGACCAGGGCCUUGCGCCCUGGGUCAGUGCCAAUGACAAGCCGUCCACCACGGCAGGCAACAAGCCCGUGUCUGGUGAUGCUGCCGAAAGGAGGUUAAAGGGGGAGGUCAUGCAGUUGCCGGCACGAGACAGGCGGAGGAUCAAGGACAUUGUACAAAACGAUUUCGACCCAUUCAACUCCUUGGCAGAUGUAUUUACAGACCAGAGCCGCAUCAAACCUGCCAAGACCACCGAGGUACCAGCAAGCGCAGCAGGGGGUCUCAGUCGCAUGAACUUUGACCUCGAGAUCCGAAAACGCUUUGCCCAACCUCUUGCCGUCGAGUCUGGCGAAUUCCCUGACGUAUCUAGUAUCGAAGCCCGCAUGUUGCCCUUUUGCUAUGAAUCUGGUCUCGUCUCCGGCCACGCGCCAGAAGCCGCCCAGUUCAUGUCUAUCGCCACCGACACGUUUAUAAAAGAAGUUCUUACGCAGGUAUUCAGUCGUACUCGCAGCAACGGACCCGGCGACUCUGGAAAUGCUGGCUUUGGGCCAGGGGGUGCAUGGGUUCAGACGCACAAAUACAAGAAGCAACUGGCAAAGGAAGAAGAAGCCUUCCAAAGGGGAGAGCUGACCAGGGACAAGAGCGGGCUGUUGCCGAUCGAAGCCAAAGCUGCGAGCGAAAGAGGACCUCUUGGAAUGACAGAUUUGAGGUUGGCGUUGGAUGUGGGCGACUGUGGAAUGGCAAACUUCCCGACAAUAGUGAAAACGAUUGUCAACGACUACCGAGAAGGAGAGUUGGAAGAUUGGGAAUCUUACACGUAUAUCAAGAAGGAAGGUGGAAGGAUAUUAGGCGAAAUCGACGAUGAGGAUGUCGAGAUGGGCGGCACGACGACAAUGGUGAACGGAAUGCCGUCGUUAAUACCAUUACCAACAGCAGCUGGUGGCAGCAAAGCCCUGGCCACGGCAACCACAGACCCACCACUUACAAAUGGAAUAGGAGGGCAUGGUCACGGGCCAGAUGCCAUGGAUAUCGACAACGAUCUUUGGUGGGAGGGAGCCGACCCGGCAGAUGGCGAUUUCUUGAAUUCGGUAUUGGAUUCGACGUUGGCUGUGGGGUAA